UCUCAACUUUGAACCAUAUUAACGAUUUUAACCCAUCCCCGCAAGGAGCCGACUUCGGCUUCGGAGGGAGAGCCCGUUCGUGUCAGCUUCGGCUUUCGUUCGCUUCGUCUGGAUGCUUGUCGUCUGCAGCUUGUUUUGAUGACUCUCUGACGUUGGUUGUGCGAGUGUGUCGAGUACCGCAUCUUUGAACUGCACCCAUUUUCAUAUUCAUCGGUAGUCUUUCAAACUUGUGGACAAGAAGACACGUCAGCGGAGAUGGUCUCAGCAACUUCAGAGAAUUACCCGGCGAGCGAAGGAGAAGAAAAGCUGGAUUCCCUGGGCCUACGGGCACUGGAGCUCAUGCAGCAAGUGGUUCAACAAAAAUUGAAGUUGCAGGAGCACAUAAAGGCUGGCUCCAUCAACCUCGCUAAAUCUAGGUACAUAAUGGGACAAAGAAAUGUAUCAACAUCUCAACUGCCAACACAGGACAGUGAACCAUUCAGGGCUUUACGGAAAGUGCAACGUUCAGUGUCACAAGAGAAUGGCAUAGACACCAAUGUGUUUUCCUCCAUUGUCAAUGAGCCUCCAAAGAAGCAGAAAUCUGAAAAAGCUGGAGAGUUGGAGGAGUGCGAUGGUGAUAGCCGCACAUCUUCUGAUCCUCUACAUUGGUUUGGUGUACUUGUACCUCAGAAUCUGCGUCUUGCUCAAAGCUCUUUCAAAAAGGCGGUUGACUUAUCUGUUCAAAUAGUUAAUUUACAGAUGCAACUAGAGGCUUUGAGGAUUGAGUUCUGCAGUGUAAAAUUAGAGCAGAUGAAGCUAACAUAAUAUAUUAUGUAGAAGAUCAUUCUAGGAUUUAGAGCCAAACUUAUGGAAUCAACCACUUGAAAACAAAUAAUGCUACUGUGCAUAUUGUGCUUUAAAGGUUUUAUUUGCCUUUGCAAAAAAUUCCUAUUCCACAGUAACCAUAAUUUCAAAUAGCGCUAAGAGUUACAGUGACAUUAGAGCCUUCACCUAAUAACAUAUCAAAAAAAAAAAAAA